AGCGCGUCGCGCGUCUUCUGCCCUGUGACGGCAACCGGCAUCAUCACGCACGGAGCGCUAGUUUACGGCGGGGUCGGAGGCCCUGGGCUUUGCCCUCCGAGGGGCCCUGACCUCCCGCCUCUCGAACUCGGCUUCCGCGGCAGCUGGCGGGAAGACGAGCUCCUUCCGUCUACUCCCGCGAGUCAGGCCGCGUCUACGCAGAGCGGCUCCUCUGCUACGGAUAAGGGGCAGAAUGUGGAGUGCGUGGUCUGCGGGGAUAAGUCCUCGGGGAAACACUACGGCCAGUUCACUUGUGAGGGUUGCAAAUCAUUUUUCAAGAGGUCCGUGAGGAGAAACCUGACAUACUCGUGCAGGGGCAAUAGGAACUGCCCAAUCGAUCAGCAUCAUAGAAACCAGUGCCAAUACUGCCGACUGAGGAAAUGUCUCAAAAUGGGCAUGAGGAGAGAAGCUGUUCAGAGAGGGCGAGUCCCUCCCACACAACCCGCUGGUCUUGCGCUUCCAGGCCAGUUUGGACUCUCAAACGGAGACCCAGCAGCGGGCCUCAACAGCCAUCCUUAUCUCUCCUCUUAUAUCUCGUUACUCCUCCGGGCUGAACCCUAUCCGACGUCAAGAUACGGGCAGUGUGUCCAGCCGACAAAUGUUAUGGGAAUAGAUAAUAUAUGUGAAUUAGCUGCUAGGCUACUCUUCUCAGCGGUGGAAUGGGCGAGAAAUAUACCGUUCUUCCCCGACCUUCAAGUGACAGAUCAAGUAGCGUUACUAAGACUGGUCUGGUCGGAGCUGUUCGUCCUAAACGCAUCUCAGUGUUCAAUGCCCUUACACGUGGCACCAUUGUUAGCGGCAGCCGGGCUCCACGCCUCACCGAUGGCGGCGGACCGGGUGGUCGCCUUCAUGGACCACAUAAGAAUCUUCCAAGAACAGGUGGAGAAGCUGAAAGCCCUCCACGUGGACUCGGCGGAGUACUCCUGUCUGAAGGCCAUCGUCCUCUUCACGACAGAUGCCUGCGGCCUAUCAGACGUACCACACAUAGAAAGUUUACAAGAAAAGUCACAGUGCGCGCUAGAAGAAUAUUGCAGGAGUCAGUACCCCAACCAGCCGACGCGCUUCGGGAAACUCCUCCUGCGACUACCCUCAUUACGAACCGUCAGCUCACAAGUUAUAGAACAGCUGUUCUUCGUCCGCUUAGUGGGGAAGACACCGAUCGAAACCCUUAUAAGGGACAUGCUGUUGUCAGGCAAUUCGUUCUCGUGGCCUUAUAUGGCGACCAUGUGACACACGAUGUGGCGUCAGCUAGCGGCGGCCUGAUCAACGCCCUACGGCUUCCCGCCGUACCUGCCGAGCCAGCGAUUCGACCCGUUCCAGAGGUACCAGCGUGAGGUGCCGCAGCCAGACGACGCCGUGACGUCAUCAAGCGAGUUCCACGACAGCGCCGAGGCCCCGACCGCCUCCGAAGAGUACUUCGGGUCUCGAACGAGCAGAGACAGCGAGAGAGCCGACCCUUGCCCGACCUUCGAUCCGAUAUCAGCAUUCUACGCUCCAAAGUCGACAGAGGAGGUGUUCGAUGCGACCACCACCUCGAAUGAGGCCCAAAAAAAUGCUCAAAAAACAUCAAUUAUGAUAGACAAUUUAUUAAACAUACGGAGUCAAGACUCAUGCUCCAUGCCAGAUAUGAAAUAAUGACUCAUAGUUAAGUGUGGGGUCAGUAGUGUCACUUAGUUCAAGUUAAGUGCGUCCACAGCCAAAAAUAUAAUUAAAAAUUAAAAAAAUACAGCCAUUCGUUGCAAACAAACCAAUCACAGUAAACUCUGAUAUCGUAGCUAACUGUUGUGUUCAUAACGAUUGCCUGUUUGAUAGUGUUUUGUUAUAUUUUUUGCUGUGCACGCACCCUUAUAUUUUGUUCCUUUGUAAAAAUGUAGGAUAUAAUUAAUAUUUAAUAUUGUAAAUAAAAUGUUUUUAUUAAUGUAUAGUUAAUGUUAUAAGAUAAAUGAGACGAAUCUGUUUUCUAAACGAA